CACACGUGUCUCUCUAGCUCUCGCUAGGGAAGAAAAUGGCGGCGCGACUAGGAAUUGGCGCAGAUGGAGACAGAGCCAGAGCUCAGCGUAAGGCGCUCCUCGGCGAGGAUGACGCCACUACAGUGUUCGAGACGAGCAAGGAGGUGACAGUUAUCACCACGUUCGACCAGAUGAGCCUAAAAGAGGACCUCUUGCGAGGCAUCUAUGCCUACGGUUUUGAGAGGCCGUCGGCCAUUCAGCAGCGUUCCAUCAAGCCUAUUGCCGCUGGCAGAGACGUGAUAGCCCAGGCCCAGUCUGGGACAGGGAAGACGGCCACCUUUUCCAUUGCAAUGCUGCAGAAGGUUGACAUUCAACUGAGAGAGACACAGGCUCUCGUCCUCUCGCCCACCAGGGAACUGGCUGUUCAGAUUCAGAAGGUUUUCCAUUUUCACACUCUCCGGCCCUUCCUCCGUCAUUUUCCUCCCUUACUGCUACGUUUAUUCCCUCGCUACUUUGUUCUAAUUCCUUUUCUUCUCUAUCCUGUACCCUCUUCUUGAACUUUCUCCUCUUUCUUUUCGUUCCUCCCUACAAAUCCUCCCGCAGGUUGUACUGGCUCUGGGUGACUACAUGAGUAUCCAGUGCCACGCGUGUAUCGGAGGCACAAACGUCGGCGAAGACAUCAGGAAGCUGGACUACGGACAGCACAUUGUGUCGGGGACACCCGGUCGAGUGUUCGACAUGAUCAAACGUCGCAACCUCCGUACUCGCAACAUAAAGAUGCUGGUUCUCGACGAGGCAGAUGAAAUGUUGAACAAAGGUUUCAAGGAGCAGAUUUACGAUGUUUACCGAUACCUUCCACCGGCCACUCAGGUGGUGCUGGUGAGUGCGACACUGCCUCACGAUAUUCUGGAGAUGACACACAAGUUCAUGACUGAGCCGAUCAGGAUCCUCGUGAAACGUGAUGAGCUGACUCUGGAGGGCAUCAAGCAGUUCUUUGUGGCAGUGGAGAAGGAAGAGUGGAAGUUUGACACUCUCUGUGAUCUCUACGACACACUCACAAUCACUCAGGCUGUCAUCUUCUGCAACACCAAGAGAAAGGUUGAAUGGCUGACAGAGAAGAUGAGAGAGGCUAAUUUCACCGUUUCCUCCAUGCACGGAGACAUGCCUCAGAAAGAGAGAGACGCCAUCAUGAAGGAGUUCAGGGGAGGGGACAGCCGUGUGCUGAUCACAACAGACGUGUGGUCGCGCGGCAUUGAUGUGCAGCAAGUAUCUCUAGUCAUCAACUACGACCUCCCCAACAACCGUGAACUGUACAUCCACAGAAUCGGCCGGUCUGGACGUUAUGGGAGGAAAGGCGUGGCCAUAAAUUUCGUGAAGAGUGACGACAUUAGAAUCCUGCGGGACAUUGAGCAAUACUACAGUACCCAGAUCGAUGAGAUGCCAAUGAACAUCAAUGACCUGAUAUAAGAGCGCCAUCAAACACUAACUGAAACUGCUACUAACUCUUGAACACAACUUCCCUAUUCUGCAUCUUUCUGUAUAUACUAGUAUAUAUAAUGCUUAUUGCACCCAGUAACCUAUAUAGCUAUAAUAAAUUAGUACUUUUUCGAAUGCUUAUUGCACUUUCUUCUGAUUGUUACUGUGAUGGCAAUUGUUAAGAGAG